CGCCGCCUGGCGUGAGCGAGGACCGCCGAGGUGCGGCUUAAUGGCGCAUAAAGUGCUCACACGCGCUUCAUUAAGCCGCAUGUGGCGCCUGCGCCGAUACGGCGGCCUAUCGGCGCUGCUGCUUCUCUCUCCACCUCCAUCCACCAUGACGGUCUCGCCGCCGUCGCACCCGCGCAGCGCAGCCGGCGGCAGCGGCGUCCUGUCGUCGGCUUCUGCUCAUAGCAGCGGCACGGCGCCGUGCGGCGGCACGACGCUGGCGCAGCGCUUCCGGCGCGCCGUCAUCGAGAGCGACCUCAGCCGCGCCCGGCGGCUGGCGGCGCGGGCGCUCGAGAUCGCACCGGGCCCGCGCCGCCUCGUGUGCGAGCCGAGCGGCAUGGAGGAUGCGGCGCACGGCGAUGUGUUUGGCAGCAGCGAUGUCUUCGGCAGCAGUUCGCGCAGCAGCACCCUCGCCGCGCCCGUCGGCGACCUCUCGGCGUCGCGCGGCAGCAUCGCCACGCUCCUCGGGCCGCGCCCCGACGACGGCGCCAGCGCCACCUUCGCCGCGCGCUCGCCGCACUCGCCGCCGCGUCGCUACGCACGCCGGCUGCUCGUGGCGCAUCCGGCCAGCUCUCUGUCGCCCGAGGCGCGCGCCGUGGCAGCCCAACGCCGGGCACUGGCGCAGAGCGGCACGCUGCACUUUGACAUCCGCAACCUCGACACCUGCCUGCUGCUGGCGCCGGCUGCGACGGGACGCGCGCCGGCGGCCGCCGCAGAGGCGCCACAUCUGGAUGGCACGCGCAGCAGCCUGCAUCAUGCAAUUGUGCACGACGGCAGUCGAGAGAUGGUCGAGUGGUUGCUGGCGUGUGGACAUGAGAGGCCGGACUUUAGCACCGUGAGUGGCAGGCCGGAUGGAGGGGCGAUGGGUGGGGCAGUCACCGAACGAGCAAGCGAUGCACGGAGCAGUACAGACAGCAUCAGGCAGUCGAGAGGCCACUGCUGGCGCCCUGUCGCCCCUGCGCCGCCAGCCGAGCUCAGCUCACAACGCGCCCAGGACGCGCGCAACGCGACAAUGGUCCAGCUCGCCUCCUCGCAGAAUCGUCCGGAUCUGAUCGAGGCGAUCUGUCUAUCGCUCAUGGCGCAUCUCGCCGACGAGCAUGCGCGGGGACAGUACGUCUUCCCGCCUGUGCCACCGCGGCGCAGCGCCAGCACGGACGAGGAGGACGAAGAGGAGGACGUGGACGCCGACGAGCCCAUUCCGGCGCCGCUGAGGGAACUGCUGGACUGGCAGGACGACGAGGGGCGUACGGCGCUGCAGGUCGCCAGCGUGCGCGGCUUUGAGGAGUGCGCAAGGCUCCUGCUCGACCUCGGUGCAGAUCCUGACUUAUGCGACGUCGACGGCAACACGCCGCUGCACCACGCCGCGUCGUGGGGACAGCUCAUCGUCGUCCAGCUGCUCAUCGAGCGCGGCUGUCAGUUCGCCGCCAAGAACACCGACGGCUUCACAGCCGCCGACUAUGCCUAUUCCGAGAGCUGCAAAGAAGCGCUGGAAGCCUUCGGCCGCGCACAGUGGGAGGGCCGCCGCAUGGCGCGCAAGCGCGGCAACGGCUCCGCCAGCGGCCUCAUCUUUCCCGGCAUGCACGACGAGGCGCCACCCCGUACGUCGGGCGUCGGCUCGGCCGUGCCCAUGCUCUAUGCUGGGCUCGAUGACGAUGCCGCCGACGGCGCAGGCGGCGAUUGGUCGCCGGCCAAGAGCUUUGCGCCGCCAAGCCAGGGCAUCAUCUCGCCGCGCCUGCGCAGCGCUCGCUCUUCAUGACGCCUCGCCGCACAGCUUCCUACCUCCUCUACCUUUUGCUUCCAUCUUCCUGCUCCAUAUUCCCGCGCUCUAGACUUCACGCUAUACCCUGCUCCCCGCUCUGCUCGAGUCAAAUGCGUAUCCCUUGCUUCCACG